ACUGUUGACACCUCGACAGCAAACUGUGACUGUUCACCACGUGCAUGUUCACGCAGUCGAAUAUGUGAUUCACACUGUUGAAACGCUCAAAUUUAUUAUCAGUGUGAAGGUGAUUUCACACUCUGUUCCACACUGUGAACGCACGAACUGUGGUACACUGUGUUCUUUUCAGUUACUGAGUUAAGGUAAGCCCCAUCGGGAGCAUACAAUGAGGAGAAAUUAGGGGCAUUUCACACAUUUUUCUGGGGUUCUUUAUGGCAGCAAGCGGGUAUGUAUUUCAGUUAUGUUCUCGCCUUAAACCCCAAGGCGACAUUAUCACGCAUUUAAUUGCCAGCAAUUCCAAAGCAUCAUUUUCAAUGACCCCCCCCUUCCUAUAAGCCUAAUCUAGGCGUCAGUUCUCGAAGACCCCCUAUAUAUAAUUUUCGAGUUUCCAAGCGCCCUCAAAUGCAGAGGGCCGUCAAGCCUAUCUUAACCCCCUCAUUUCAUAGAAACUUCAGGUCUUAUGGUAUGGGCUCAGAUUCCGAUGGGGCUGCACACUAAACAUAUUCCAAAUUCGCCCCACCCGAAAUGAAAUCUCCUCAUCUAUUCGCUCAUAUCUGCGAUUUUACUAACUCAUCGUUUUCCAGGCUAUUCAUAUAGGCCUACAAUUGGCAAAAUCUACUUACCUACCCGACCGAGUCAUCAUUAUUACUUUGCUUAACCAAACAAGAUCUAUUGAGAGAGGCGAAAACUACACGAGAAAGAGAUUGACCAUCAGUCGAACGUCGAAUCCACUCACAAUGGUGGAUAAACACUUGUUAUCUCACGAAGCUCCGUGUUUUCUAAAGAUGGGCCACUCUUUCUCAUCAAACCUCGUUUUUUGUGUCAUCUUGACGUUGAUUAGAGUGGAAUUUUUGUUUUCUUUUGAUGGGCAUUAUAUUGUUAUUUCUUUUCAUAGGUAAUGACUAUUAAAAAAGAAAACAUGAAGGUCCAUUAAUUAUUAGAAAUUAUAAUAAUAAAAGCAUGGUCGAUCUUUCUAUGAAAACAUGCCGUCAUUUUUCAGCUGGGCAUUGUUGGCGUAUACUGUGUGACCAAAAAGAAGGCAUGACAGCAUUCUUUGAUCACCAACAAAGUAAUGUAAUUAAAACUUUUUUUAAAGUUAGCAAAGACAUUUGCAGCAAAUACUUUGCUCUAGAUUUGUUCAGAUGAAACAUAAUAAUGAACAAAUAAACUGCAAGGCCCUAUAAGAGUGUGAGGUUGAAAUUCGAAAUGAACAGAAAUCGAUGUGAUUUUUGGAUUGGAAGCAUCAAAGCCAAAUCCUUAAAGAAUCCCAACAAUUAAACUGCGGGGCUAUCAUCCGAAGCCGACUUUGAAGGUUUCUGUUUCUACUGAAGCUGUAUCCAGAUCUGUAGAACAAUAAACCUUUAAAUCUCAGAAUCAUUUGAGAGGAUUUUAUUUUACAAACACAAUAAUUUCAUCACAACGAGGUAUUAACGCACCAUCAGUUCCACCACCGUUACUAUUUCUAAUCGGAGCUCAGAUCAAUAUAUCUGGAAUGUCCAGUCUUAGUACCUAUAGUGUCCUCGUUGCAAUUCACGGCAUCAGCGUCGGCAUGAAUGCAGCCACUGUGGCUGCCAUCAUUGCCAGCAAAAAGCUGAGGAAGACACAGAAUAUCUUCACUUGUAAUAUCGCCAUUGUCGAUUGCAUUACAUCAGUCCUCACGAUCAUUGCUAUUCUUCUUUCAUAUCUACGAGACAUAGAUAUUUCAAUACUUCACUUGGGAUCGCGCGCAGUGGUGAUUACUGGGAUAUUCAGCGCGCUAGCGGUCGCCAUUCAUCGCUUCAUCAUUAUCCGUUUUGAUCCAUUCAACAAGCGUAACCUCGUCACCGCACCACGCUGUGUUGUAGCCAGCAUUGCAUUUUGGUUAGUUCCACUUGGGACAUUCACAGCUAUCAAACUAUUCAACAAGGAUGAACGCGUUGACAUUGAAACGCUCAUUUUGCCUAUUGUCUCAUUUGCAUCCCAUGCAAUCUGCACCGCGUGCUAUGUAACGGUAUACUGGACAAUUUUAAACGCCGCUCACAAAGUUGGGCUGUCCAACCGCUUGCUGCUACAACGCAUCAAACAGAAUAAAAAAGUGCUGAUUACUUUCGCGCUCGUCGUUGGAACAAAUAUCGCCUGUUCGCUCCCGCUUAGUCUUAGUUUCUUCAUAAGCUACGUCAGACCAGACUGGGUUUUCAACUUCAAUACAUUCAAGCUCAAUUCUAGUUUCAGGGCCUUUGCCAACGUGGCAAGAGGUCUGCUUGGACUCAACGGAAUUCUUAAUCCAAUCAUAUACUGGACUAGACUAACCGAUUUCCGCAAUCUCAUUAAUUGCUGCAACCCCACGCGCAAACCUUCGAGUCGUAAAGCAGAAAGUGAGAGGAAUGAGCUGUCACUCCAAACGCAGGAGAGUACCGCCCCCGAUCUUAAGGCAUGUAAAGGCAGCGGUGGAGUUCGCGAACAUGGUAUCUAUGUUGUUUCCACCUAGCUUUUCAACGGGGUAGUAGAUAUGGCUCGCCAUAUAUGUAGAAAAUAAUUCUCGUGGCUGUUGUUCAUACCCUUCAUCGGUUGAACAUUGUCCUGGGGCCUGUUGCAGAAAGAGUUGCGUUUAAACGCAAGUCAAAAAAUCAAUCGCAAGUCCCAAAUGCGCGCUG